AUGGCCGAGCACCCUUCAUUCACUCUCGCUGGUCUCCUGGCCGCUGGCGGUACAGCUGGCUACAUCCGAACUCGCUCAACACCUUCUCUCGUCGCUGGUGUCGGUCUCGGUGUCUCAUACGCUUACGCUGGCUAUCUUCUCAAGAACAACAAGGACUACGGGUCUGAGCUUGCUCUUGCCAACAGUGUCCUCCUUACCGGCUCUGCUGUGCCCAGAAUCAUCAAGACUGGUGGCCGAGCUCCUGUGCCGCUUCUUCUUGGUGCUGUGGGUGGACUUGCGACGUAUUACUACCAGAAGAAGUUCCUUCGGCAGAGACAUGCCAAGGAGAGAAGACUACGGAUGCAGAAACAUCAGGAGGACAUGGCUAGAAAUGCGGAGAGUACUUCGCUGAACAAGGUUCUUGGGUAUAGCCGUGAUCCAUUUGCCGCGCUUCCGAAACAACUCUUAUCUUAUGAGAACUUUCUUCUCGACCACUAUAUUCGUGUCGUUGUUCCAUACAACGUCAAGACAUGCCGUCUUUUCAACAAGAUGAACGACCAUGAAGGACACGUGAUGCGCGACUGGGUCGGUCUCGCCAUUACAGACAGUGAUCUUCUCUGCUCCAUCAUCCUCCUCGGCGCAUGCCGCCAUAUCAUUAGCAACAACCCCAACUCCGGUUUGAUGCCGGCCGCACUGCAGUACAAGUAUAGCGGUCUCAAGGCACUACGCCAUGCCGUUAGUGGCGCCUCACCGACUCUCAGCGCGCUAACUAUUGCGAAAGCUUGUGCUAUGGCUUUAGAUGAGGUUAAUUUUGGUGAGCCUGUUGUUGCGAGGCAACAUAUCCAGGCCAUCCCCGCCGGCUCAUGGGUCCUCGUCACCGGCGCUACAGGCUUUGUCGCCAGCCACGUUUCCCGUCAACUUCUCCAGCGCGGCUUCAAAGUCCGAGGCACAGUCCGUGACCAAGCCAAAGCUCAAUGGCUCAUUGACGAUCACUUCAAGUCUUAUGCCGACAGCGGCUCCUACGAGCUCGUUACUGUUCCUGACCUAUCUGCUGCUGGAGCUUUUGACAAGGCAGUGAAAGGUGUCUCAGCCGUUGCUCACAUUGCAAGUGUUCUCGACUUUGAUCCCAACCCCAACAAUGUCGUCCCCCAGACUGUCGCAGGAGUAACCUCUGUCCUCGAAAGUGCAUCCAAAGAGUCGUCUGUCACCCGCUUUGUCUUCACGAGCUCCAUCGUCGCAGUAGUUUUCCCUACACCUGAUCAAGACGAUGUCGUUGACCGCAAUUCGUGGAACGAGUUUGCUGUCAAAGAAGCCUGGGCUCCACCGCCUUACGAACCCUCGCGUGCAAUGCUCGUCUAUGCUGCAAGCAAGGUCGCUGCAGAACAGGCGCUAUGGAAAUACGUCGACGAGAACAAGCCUCACUUUGUGACCAAUGUUGUCAGCCCUUCUGGUAUCUUGGGCGAGCCGCUCCACGAGAAACACGCCAGUUCAUACGGAAACUGGAUUUAUUCUCUCUUCAUCGAGAAGAGGGAGAUGAUUGACACGUUCCAAACCUCAUUCUUUGUCGACGUCCAAGACGUUGCCCUCAUUCACGUCGCUGCCAUUCUUGAUCCCGAAGUCAAGGAUGCGCGUCUCCAGACGUGGGGCCACAAAGCUCACUGGAACGAUUUCUUGCCCAUACUGCGAGAGCUUCGACCGCAGAGGAAGUUCAUCGAUGACUAUCCUGAGACGUUCUAUCUCAAGGUCUCGACGGAUCAGUCUGAGCCUGUUGCUCUCUUGAAGAAGUGGGCUGGUCAGGAAGACUGGAAGCCACUCAGGCAGAUUAUUACCGAGGCCAUCAACAACCCCUACUGGAAGACUGAGUAG